CGUACGGCGCAAAAAUACCAAGAAUAAGAUGAUAUCACGUGAUGAAUAACUUAGCAAAAUACUCGUUCUCGUUUUAUCACGUCUUAAGUCUCGUCCUCGAGAGUUAGUGCAUUAAAGCAGAACAUCAAGAUGGUACUAACAAGGGUUUUGUCAUCAGUAGGUACAUCUAGACAUGUUCUUAUUCAACAAGCCAAGCGAAACAUUGGAGUUUCUGCAGUAGCGUUACAGAAAGCAAAGUUAGACCCAAUUCAGCAAAUGUUUGUUGAUAAAAUUAGGGAAUAUGCACAGAAAAGCAAAGCAAGUGGUGGAAAAUUAGUAGACGCUACACCAGAAUCUGAACAAGCCCUAAAAGAAAGUUUAGCAAAGUUGGAGACAGUUUAUAAUGCUAAAGGACAAGAUAUGACCAAAUUCCCUGCUUUUAACUUUACAGACCCUGAAUUGGAUCCAAUUGGUAUGUCCAAGGAAUAACCUAUGACUUUAGAAUAAGAAAAUUAUAAACCAUAUUUUAAAUAACAUACGUCUAGAUUAAUUUAAACAUUUAUUAAACAAUUGUUUUCGUGUCAUCAACAAAUUGCUCUUGUAAAUAUAGAUUUCUGAAGUAAAUGCGUGACAAAUCUUAA